CCCUGCCCUCUGCACCCAAUCACAAGAUCAACAAGGACAAAGCUGUUUUCCCUCGACCCCCACACCACCCUGUCAGCCCCGAGACAAACUGCCGUUGGAUAAGGUAGAACUGUUCCGCAGGUAUCCUCUGCUGAGGAUCCUAUUCUAUUUCCAUACUUGAUACUCAUCCUUUGGACCUGAACCCGCCUUUGACUCAGGCAGUCAUGGUUACUCCAGUGUUCUCCAUACUGGGCUACAUCUACUCUCUGAGCCUCCUGCCUCUGCUGCUGCCUGGUUCGAGCCAUGGCAGUCCCAUCAUGUCACCUGAGGAGUUUCGAAGGGGCCCUGGGGCUAGAGGUCUGGUGGAUACCUCCAUGUUGGAGCAGAAUGAAGACCUGGACAUGCAGGACUUUCAGGGUCAGUUUCUGUCCACAUUGAACCUCACAGAGCUGGGCCCCCGGCCAAGGCCCCGUGAGGCCCGUAAAGAGCCACCAGAAUACAUGCUGGAACUGUACAACCGCUUUGCCAACGAUCGCACGGCCAUGCCCUCUGCCAACAUAGUGCGUAGUUUCAAGAAUGAAGAUUCCUCCUUCUACAGUGUGACGGUCAGGGGCGUGAGGACACACCCCCUGCUAUUCAACAUCUCCAUCCCCCACCACGAGCACAUCCUCACCGCCGAGCUCCGCCUCUACACCCUGGUCCAGAGGGAUCGCAGAUGCUACGCCGGCCUUGAUCGCAAGGUGACCAUCUACAAGAUCCACGAGGGGGGGCACUGGAGGAAAGAAGAGGGGAGGGACGAAAGAAGGAAUGAGCAGGAGACAGACAAAAUGGAGGAAAUGGAGGUGCUGGCAACCCGGCAAGUUUAUGGUAAAGACGAUGCCUGGAUUACCUUUGACCUGACCCAUCAGGUCAACCUUUGGUGUAAGGCAGAGAGCUCCGCCCACCGACUGGAGGUCCACAUUGCAAGUCUGGGUUCUGAUGGUGGGAAGACCCCCCAGGUCAGAGAAGAGGAUGGAAGGAAAGAGUUGGUCGAUGUGGAUGUUGAAAUGGGCUCAGAUGGUAAACACAUGCCAGUGGUGAUUGUGUUCUCAGAUGAUCAGAACAGAGACCAUCGUGAGGAGGACAAGCGGGAGCUCAACCAGUUUACAGAACAUGAGAAUGACCUGCCGGCUGACCUGGAGCCGAGUCCACAGAUGAAUUGGGGAGACCAGGCUGGGAGCGAUGCUAGGAACACUGAUGGAGAGGAGCUGGACGAGGAGACUCUCAUGCAACUGCACUUCAACCUCAUUUAUGACACGCCUCCCCGAAUCCGCCGCAACACCAAGGGUGACCCCUGUAAGAAGACCCCUCUCUAUGUGGAGUUUAAGGACAUUGGCUGGGAUACUUGGGUCAUACAGCCCCUGGGCUAUGAAGCCUAUGAGUGCAAUGGUGUAUGCAGCUACCCUAUGACCUCUGAGGUCUCGCCUACCAAGCACGCCAUUGUCCAGAGUCGGCUGAGCAGUAAGAUUCCACAGAAGGCGUCACCAGCCUGCUGUGUUCCCACCAAGCUAGAGCCCAUCUCACUCCUUUAUGUCGAGGACGGAGGAGUGGUCACCUACAUGCACAAGUACGAGGGCAUGGUGGUGUCAGAAUGCGGCUGUAGAUAGUCAUAGAACUGACUGUAGGUUCAGGAGAGAGGUAUAGAGACUGUGGAUUAACGUAGACUGAGUGGUCAUCAAUUUCACUAUCAAGAAGAAAAUCAGAUCAAAAGUGCCUAUUUGAAAAUAAUACAUUUCUGCAAUCAGACAUAUAGUGUAAACAGAAUGCAUACAGUAAACCAUAUUAAGGGCAUGAAUAAUUUCUAUAUCUAUAUUUUGCAGCAUCAACUACAUUGUAUGACAAAGAUAAACAGUGGAGGCGUAAAUAGGAAGAUGACAUAGCAAGAGGGUCCUGCCUGUAUGUGCAUUCAAUUAUGUACAUUUGCCAUUUGUAAAAGUACAUUUCUUAUUAUAUUGAGAUUAUAUAAAUGCUAUUUUACAAAGCCAGCUAUAUAAUUUUUUCUUUUUAAAGAAAAAAAAAGUGAAAUGUGAAUAUCAUGCUGUUCUUUGUAGUUUGUGAUCUUUCAUUUUGGCGAUAUUGGUAUGUACCGUCAGAUAUGCACAAAACUUUGUUGGUUUAAGUAGCUCUUGGUUUAAAUGGUUGGUCCUGUAUGGCUUAGUUGGUAGAGUAUGGUGCUUACCAGGUCAGUAUUGUGGGUUUGAUUCCUGUGUCCACCCAUAUGUAAAAUGUAUGCACGCAUGACUCUUAAGUUGUGUCUGCUAAAU